CGUCGUUACCCGCUCGCCGCCCGCCGGGAGACGCCCUAUUACUAGACGUCCCGAUCUACUUCGUUGUAAUUGUUUCGCUAGUGAUAUGCCCGAUCAUGUUAUGAAGCCAACGAAAAAGUUCCACGCGUUCAACGGGGUUACCAUCACAGUUCUGUGAUGGUCUGAUGGGGCGUAUCUUGGAACAGGGUAACUCAUAAUCAUUUUUGGGAAGCUGGCGUCAAAAAUGAGUGCAGCGGUCUAACAAAUCGGAACAGGUUCUUCAACCUCUUAACGACACUUACGAUGGAGUUGAUUGUUUUUCAGCAAGACUCAAUUUCGGCACAUGAAAAGCCAAAUUGAAAGUGGUUUCAAGACAACGUUCAUAGCGACUUCAGAUUGGCCCUUCGGCAGUCGUGAUUUGAACCCCUUAGAUUACGAACUAUGGAAUACUCUCGAGGAAAUGGCCUAUCGCAAACGUCUCAAAAAUUUGCAGUCCCUAAGGAAGAGCAUCACACAGGCAGCAGUGGAAAUUUCUCUGGAAACGUUCGUAGAGGAGCAGAUAAUUCCGGAAUCCGGAUGCCUCUCAAGUGGUCAUUUGGUACUUCGCUAUAUACACACUCACGCGCUCGCUGCUUCCGUGACGAUACAACUACAACUACUAUCUACUACCACACACAACAGCAACAACAACAAGAAAACAACGGCGCUCUCGGAAAAUCACAACAGCAGCAGCAGGCAUGGAAGGACCAAGCAGCCGGUAGUCAGCAGCACCAUUAUUAUCUCCGUCAAAGCAAUCGCUAAACAACAACCAACACACACGGCAGCAACUAGCUGGCGUUGUAGCGUCUACGGAAUGGAUGACGAGGACCAGGGGUGGAGGACGACGUCGGUGUCGAUGAUGGUAGUGGUGGUGAUGCAAGUUGCAGCGCCCUUAAAAAGCCGAACAAAAAUCAAAGCAAAAGCACCCGGGAGGAGGUGUCUGCGGAGGUGUCGCGUUGGAAAUACAAUAGUGAACUGGGCGCCACUUCAAGACAUUGUUACAUAG